AUGCUGAGUGAAGAAAUAGAGUCAGACACACCCGGAGACAGUGAAUCACCAUCUUGGGAGUUUGACUUUCCAUUAACAAACGGUCCAAGACCACCUACAUCAUCAACGGAUCAUAUUCAACGACAUACAAAACUAGCACAAUUACUUGGAUUAUCGGAAGACCUCCCGAACCUUCAACAUGUAUUCAGUACCGUGGCAUCUCUCUGCGAUCCUUAUACGCAACCAGAGGAGAAUGAACAUUCAAUCUUAAGUUUGGAUUGUAUUUCAGACUUGGUGAUUGCCAUAUCAUUUUCCAAUCUAAAGUACAAUAAAGUCACUCCAUCAUCUUCUCCUGAAGCCAUACAAAAUCCAGAGAUUCAAUCGUUAAAAUUUGACUUAUCUUUGGCAUAUUUUACCAUCUUACAAGCUAUUUUGGGUGGACUUAAUGCCGAUGAUGAAUUAACCUUGAGAUACGUUAAUAAUGAUGCCACCAAUUGGCAUAAAAACCUUCAUAUUUGGACACCAAUGAAUUUAUUCACUCCUGAUACAUUCAAUUUGAAAUUGAGUUAUCGAAUGGCUUGUGUUCUUUUACUUGCCAUAUAUAAAUUAUUCAAACCGGAAGCUUCAAGUAAUAGCACUGAAUACAAUCUUGCAUUAAAUCCAUAUUUACAUUAUUUCAUUAAAACUUGGAAAUGUCAAACCAAUGUGAUUCUUCUUGGACUUGAGAUAGACCGUCGUUUGGAAGCUCUAGAUCAAUCGGACCCUGACCUGGAGUAUGUAACACCAUACAUUGUGAACGCAGCAUUAAAGGGCUCCAGUGCCAUUAGAUAUGUCUGUACAUGGAUUCUUAAUCAAAAUCCUUCACUGUUACAACUUGAUGAAGAAGACCCAGAUACAGGUAUAUUGGCCGAUUCACCAUCUCCAUCACAAGUGGAUGUAAUGGAUUCAGAGUAUGAUAUUAAAUGUGAAAGUCUUAUUAAUUUUAUGCAUCCAUUAGGAAGGAAAAAAAUUAAUGGAGGUGCACUUCUGGUAGAUAUGAGAUUAGUGGUUAUUGCACUUUUAAUUACCAAUUCAGGAUUCCCCAUGAACGCUAGACAAAUCGAACAUUCACCAAACUCAUCUUCAUGGGAAAGAGAACGUCGAGAACAUCAAGCCAAACCAAUUGCAGAACUUGGUGAUAUACUUUUAGAUUUGGAAUAUCAAGAUAGAUUUGAUGAAGAUAUUAGAUAUAUUUUCGACUACGAAUAUGAAGAGGAAGAAGGAGGUGAACCCGUUGGAGUUAUUGAUGAAGAAGCAGAAGAUAAUGAUCAAUGGGAAGAUGUUGUACCUAAAUUAACUACUGAAUCUUCUAGUAAGAAUAAGAAUGAAAUUACAACUGCCAAAAAUUCCGAUAUACCAAAGAUUGGUGAUUUGAAUAUGCGUGUCGACAAUAUAAGGAGAUUGACACCUGAAGAAGUGUCACAAUUACUUCAUUCAGAGGAAACAAACGACGAGAAAACACCGGUGAAUAGUACAAAGAAGAAAGCAAUUCCUACAUCAAAUGACAAUAAUGGUACUACUACCACACCCACCAUUAAUCACAAUAAAAAGGAGAUUUCAACUGCAGUCAGAUCUAAAGAUGAAGCAGAGUUAGAUUUUGAUGAAUUUGGUCGUGAUUGGCGUGAUAUUCCUAGAGGUGAGAAUUCUGAAUUACAUCCGAGAUUUGUAAAAGAAUUAGAAGGAUUUUAUGCAUUACCCGAAGAAGAUAAACAAGAUCCAGAUAACUUUUUCCCCAGAUGGCAUGAAUUUGAGACUUGUCUUGGAUUUCUUGCAAUGAAUGGGUUUGAAGGACUGGAAGGAGAACUUGAAGAUUUUGAAGUUAAAGUUGGACAAAGUGUUUUGAAUACAAUUGCAAAAGCUGUAAAGGAGGAGACUGAGAUUGAAGAAGUUGAACCAGUAUCGAGUACUACCAUUACCCCUGAUAGAAUUUAUAAAUACUUGUCCUCAUUAGCAUCGGACUCUGAAGUAGCUACCACUCAGGAUAAUAAUAAGCUUAUAAUUCCAAUAUUUGGGAUUACAAAAUUCGAGCUUUUACUUCAUAAUAAUCGAAAACUUGCAGGAUGUAUUCUUGAUGAAAUGUUGAUGUGCAAAGGGUAUAGAAGAGUCUUGAUUUGGUUUAUUACUCAUAACAUUAAUUUAUGUCCUGCAUUGAUCAACUAUGUUUAUGAACUUUUGGUUGGAUUAAGAGGAAGUGCUGAUAAUCAAAAACCAUAUUUAUUUAGUAGAAAAGGUGGUAAGAUUAUACUCAGUGAUGUUGAGCAACUGAUGCUUCUUCAUGAAUUUCUUUCAAAUACUGAUCUUUAUUUAUUUGCUACUGAAGAGGCAGUGGAGACCUUUUAUGGUUAUAAGAUUGUAUUAUCUGAAUCCAUUGCAAAGAAGUACCUGUCACUUAUGUGUCUUAUGAUUGAUCAGCUUAUUAAUGCUGGCAUUAUCAAUAUCGAUGGGAAGAAAAAGGAUGGAGAUGCGAAUGAUAUUUACGACUAUGCUUAUAAUUUGCAAAUGUUUUUAUUCAAUUUGAUUGCAAAACUUCCAGAGGCCAGAGAACUUUAUUUUAGGAUUAAAAAUGCUAAAUCCGGUCAAUUAGAAGAAGAAUCAAAGGGAUCAGUUGAGAAACCUCAAGCAAAGAUUGGAUUGGAAGAAUUUCAAGACGCAACGGAAGGUCAUUUUAUGAAGGAAAGGUAUGAUAAACUUAUUUCCACCAUUAAAGAUCUUGAUAUUGAUGAAAUUACUCAUUAUUUUGUUGUUCAUUAUGAAGAUUGGAAUUUGCUACAAAAAUAUGGUGAGCGAUUACAAAAACAUAUCAAACUAUUAGUAGCACAAAAUGAUGGCGAUGAAACCUCCACAAAAGUUUCAAUGGUUGGUCAAUCGAAUUUAAAUGAGAUACAAGACGAUUUGAGAUUCUUUAUGGAGAAUUUCAAUGAAUUAUGUAAGAUUGAUUAUUUGGCAGCUGAUUUAUUUGCAAAUUUAGAGCUGAUCAUCCAAGGUGACCCAGAGAACAAUUCAGAAGAUGGAGACCACGACGACGGGGAAAAAAUUAGUGGCAAAGAAGGGAAGGAAGGAGACGCUGACCUUCUUGAUGAGUCGGAGUUUAACGACCAAUUUCUUGAUGGAGUUGGAAAGUUCAGUGAGAAGACGACAAAAUCAACUUCAGAAUCGAAGAAGAAGAAGAAAAAUAAAAAGAAAAAGGGGAAGAAGAAGUAG